AAGCUCGUCUUCAUGCUCUCCCCUCUCUUCCUCCUCCUCCUCGUCCACAUCUUCUCAGGCGGCCUUUCCUUCUACGUCCCAUGGCCUGAACAGGACUCCAUCCACCGUGCUGGUUCUUCUCCUUGGGGCGUAGCAGCCGUGCUCGUGAUCAUCUUGCUCAUGGUCUCGUACCAGUCAGACAUCCAUGAGAUGUGGUUC